AUGUUUGGAGGACCAGGCACCGCAUCACUCUCCGGCUCAACGUUGCCCGUCGGCACAGCCCGCCCACUCUACACCAACGCCCGUCUCAGUAACCUGCUCGAUCUCGACGAGAUAUACCCUGUCGGAGUCCACUUCGGCGGUGCCGCGGUCUGCACAGCUCCUAGAGCUUCUGAAUCGGAACGCAAGUCCGCAGCCGAUAUGGUCGUUGGCAUCGUGGCCGGCUACGAAGCCGGGGCGCGUAUCGCCAGCGCCGUCGGGACCAUGAUGAUCGUUCGUGGCGGCCAGGGCCAGGGCUUCUCCAAGACAUGGGGAGUCGCCGCGCCCGUUGCCGUGGCGGCUACGAGCCCUUGGAGCUGA